GUAACUAAUGGAGUAAUAGAUAUUUCUUCUCUAUGCUAAACGUAAUAGUAUUGCUUCUUCUUACCAUCUUUAAUUCUUCCCCUUAAUUAACCAAAUUCUUAACUAAUAACUAGGCAACUGGCCUAAAAAAAAGUAGGCACCAAAAAACAGGAAGGUAACAGAGCAAUGUAACUGAAUUCUUAUUUGUAGCCCUAAGUUUUUGAAUUUCUAGCCCUAAACUUACAUACAUGGACGAUUUUACCCCUCAUUUAACCUAAACCCUAAUUUCACCCACCCAACCCUUCCCUACCCUUCCCUUACCCUGUUCUCCCCCAAAUCAACAAAACACAACCGCAGCCGUUCCCUAAACUUACCCUACCCGCCGCCGCCCUCGCCAUCAUCUACCACCAAGACCCGCCGCCUUCGCCAUCUACCACCACGCCGUCAACCAGAGCCGCCGCCGAGGAGAAGCCUCCUGCUCAGACCCGCCGUAGACCAGCCGCAACCCGCUGCUUCUGCUCAGACCCGCCGCCCUCGCCAUCUACCACCAAGACCCGCUGUCGCCGAGGAGAAGCCUCCUGCUCAGACCCGCCGUAGACCCGAAGCACUGCCGCAACCCGCUGCUUCUACUCAGACCCGCCGGAGGUAAAUCUCUCUCUCCCUCCCUUCUCUUUUGGUUGAGUCGCGUUCGAUUUGGCCGGGGACGCAGCCAGGGCGUUCGAUUUGGCUGGGGUAGACGCAGGCAGGGCACCCGCGCGGAUCCGGCGGAGGCAGGUAGCCCACCUGCCCCGACCCUGGUCCGACCCGGUCUCCGACCCGCCCUGACCCUGGUCCGACCUGUUUUCCGACCCGCCCUGACCCUGGUCCGACCCAUUUUCUGACCCACCCGACCCGUUUUUUUUUUCAAUUAAAAUGAAAAUGUUAAUGAUUGGAAUGUUCAUUUUAAUUAAUAAUAUAUAAAUGUGAAUGGUAAAUUAUAAUCAGUAUAUGUUAAUCAUGGGCUGCUUCUAGGAUAUGGAGAAUAACCAAUUUUGCUAUCUUCUGGUGCUGGGAGCUUAAAUAUCAUUUUGUCUUUUGUCUCUAGGAGGAAGGUGAAUAUCGCUUAGGCUCAUUGUUUGUUUGGAUAUUAUCCAAUGUCUUAGUUGGCCAUCUCAGUAGCCCGGUGAAAGUAAUCAAAUUUUAUUUUCUUGAUAGCAGGCAAAAAUGAGCGAAAGAAGGGGCAAGGAAAAAUCGAGGGUUCUCGGACGCAACGUUACAGUAUCUGAGCGGAAAAAACGUCAGGAGGAGUCAGAUAGACUUCGUGAGGAGGAGCGUCAGGAGAAGAUUUCGCUUCGUCAAGCUGCAGUGGUUCCUCCCCCUCAUAGCCAUGUUUCCCAGCCGCUACCAGGCAUCAACACAUAUGAUGACAUGGUGGAGGAUGACGAUAGCAGUGAUGAUGAGUGUGAUGUGGAGGGUGAUGAUGAGUUGUCUUUUCAUGAGUUGCUUUUCGACGGUCAUCCUGGAGGUUCGAGUGAUCAUGUGUCUACUGGCUCGACCCAUGGCAGUACUGUUGUUGGAAGAUGCGAUUGGUGUAGCAAUUUGCCCACCUUUCCCUGCAUGGCAACCACUCACCUCUCAAGUAGUCCAUUAACUUGUUUUUUGAACCCCAAUGACUAUUUUGCAACUCUAGCCAACGACGUUGGAACCCUGCCUCAGUAUUAGCUCGCAAGACUCUCUCCCAUAGACUUCCUACAAAUAACUCAGCAGAAUCACGACCAAUCCCCAACUGCAUCAUUUUGGCUUCAAUGUUCUUUUUCAUGUGCCACACACAUAGUAAAUGAGCUGAAGAUGGAAAGAUUUGUUGCAAAGAGACACCCAAUCCUCCCGCCUUGUCUGUGACGAACGCAACCGGGGUUCGAUCACCAAGCACAAUCUUCAAUUGCAUCAAAACCCAAGCAUAUGUCUCCUUCGUCUCAUCUGAAAUCAAUGCGAACCCAAUGUUGAAGUUCUUCUUCACCGGACUAACACCAAUCAACUGAACCAGUGGCUGCUUAUACUUGUUAGUCUUGUACGUCGAGUCUAUCAAAACAACAAAAUACCAUGCCAACAACAUCCGAAUCGACUCAGGAUGGCAUAGGAAGAGUCUAGUAACACGACGUUGAUCAUCAAAUUCACACUCAAUAAAGUAGCCAAGACGUU